GUCGGCCCACUCUCCACCACUCGACGGCCCGCCCGACCUACAUCGCAAGGCGUCGGGAGUGCAAGGCUGCGGCGGCCACCGGCGCGUACGAGUCGGGGCGUGGUGGCGGCGGCAGCGCAUCGGGCACGAGGGCCUCGGCGGGUGGGGAUUAUAUUAAAAUUGUGAAACAGUACACCCACGGCGAUCCAAGGUUUGGGGUCUCCUUUUUGGAUUUGGUGGGAGGAGUGAACUCUGACUUCGACAUCUUCCGGUGCUUUGCUCUGCUACUGCAGCGACAUGCCGACCGGGAGAGAUGGCCAGAGCUGAAGAAGAAGAUUAGGACCUGCAAAGUUCAUCUGUGCAAUUUGUUGGUACACUCUAAUUUAGAAGAAGUGUUUACAGUAGUUUGUUGUUACCAGAAUAUAGCAGUUCAAGUUUAUUUGUGCUGGUUUAUUUAAGAAUGUGCAUAAAGUCUGUACUGAAUGGACGGUGGGAUUAGUCAUGCGUGCAUGACUUUCAAGGGCUCAACUUAGAGCAUCUCAAUCCCAUCGCACCCUCCCUUUGCCGCUGCCCACCUCUCACACCGCCACCGCAAAAGCACGCCGCCGCCACCCCAGGAGGGUUUUUCAUACGGACAGGCCAGGCGGUGGCACAUUAGCCUCUUCUUCCCAAAUUCGACCCUUCCCAGGUAUUCGUCUCAAAUUCGCUCAUCCGGUGCCGCAUCAUCGGCGACCUCACCGCCGGCGACGAGAUGUAGCAAGCCGUUCCUUCUGCUUGUGUCGCCGCCCUCCUCCCCCUCUACUAGUAUUUGGCUGCCGCGGCGCGGGUGAUCCAUCAGGACUCAUCGGUUUCUUUCUCUCUCUCUUUUUGGUGGUUCUUCUUCAGCGCACAUUAUCCAUCUCGGGUUCUCGGUUGACACCACAACAUAGGGCUUGACAUUCAAGAUGCAGGAAGGUUUUGAUCCGCCAGAAACAGAAAUUGGUAUUUCCGCUAGGAAGGAUGUGGUUGUCGAGCAAGAUUCGGUUUCUUCAUAUCGGCCAUGGGGCAGUAUGAAAUUUGAAGAGGAUGGCCAUUUGCUGUCUCAUGCAAAAAGGGGCUUGCCACAUUUGGAUUAUCAAGCACGAUCUUCGGAGCCCAACUAUGUUGCUGAUCUUGGAUCACAUGCAUAUUCUAAGGAAUCAUUGCCACCGGGAAGAGAAUAUCAUAGGCAGAAGCCUUACUAUCCUCCUUCAAGCUGUGCUUGGGAAAGAUCGCCUUCAUUAGAAGCAGUGCCAAGUAGUCCAGACACAUUGGGGCAUGUAGUUGGAAAAAUGAAAACCAAAACUAACACCCUCAGUACAAGGCCAGAUUAUGUUGCUUCAUAUCCUACUACUGCUACUCACAUGAGAAAGUAUCCAGCAGCAGUUAAAGUUGAUUCUGGUUUAGAUGACUCAGAACAUCGCUACAGAAGAUCAGAUCAAUUUACUGCCUUUUCGAGCCAUAAUAGUCAAUCUGUAGAACACUGCAAUGAGAUGGUCGAUUAUGCCAGAGGGUCCCACUAUGUAGAUGAUAUCACUCCAAUUUCACGUCAAUGGUGCUUUGAUGAUGGAAGCCCUUCGCUACCAAGAGGGAUGCAGUAUGGAGAUGAGAUCCCUUCUUUGUCUAGUAAGAUGUGUAAUGAGGCACCUUCACGCUCAAGCCUAUGGCAAUAUGGUGAUGAAAUCCCAUCGUUCUCAAGGAGACAUGACUAUGGUGAUGAAAUCCCAUCGUUCUCAAGGAGACAUGACUAUGGUGAUGAGAUCCCGUCACUGUCUCGAAAUUGGCGCUACCGAGACAAGAUCCCCUUGCAUUCUGGUCACUGUUACCAUUAUGCUGAGUCACAUCCACUGCCAAGAUACCAGGAAGGUGUUUCUCAUGGGAAUGGUCAGUCAAGACACAAUUUUGCCAGAAUGAAUACCAAUGAGCAAGUCAAAGUUACCACAAGCAAACAUACUUCUACAAAACAUAGGAUGCUUAAUAGAUUUGUAAACAGUAGUAACCAUUAUAGGAGUAAUAUGAAGGAUAACCCAUGGAGAAAUUCCGAAGAUAUAAUGGACCAAGUUCGUGGGCCCAGGGCAAAAAAAUUGAAUAAUAUUUCAGUAUCCUCUACCGAGAAAGAUAUCAUCAGUCCAUUGGUUCGUAGGGAUCAAUUUAAUAGAUCCGACUUCUCAACUGAGUAUGAACAUGCCAAGUUCUUUAUGAUAAAGUCGUAUAGUGAAGAUGAUAUUCAUAAAGGUAUCAAAUACAAUGUUUGGGCAAGUACACCAAACGGGAACAAUAAGCUGGAUGCUGCCUUCCAUGAAGCUCAGACUUUAAUGAAGGAGAAGGGGGGAAAGUGCCCUGUCUUCCUAUUCUUCUCGGUAAAUACCAGUGGACAGUUUGUAGGGUUGGCUGAGAUGUUAGGUCCUGUUGAUUUCAAGAAGACCAUGGACUUUUGGCAACAAGAUAAAUGGAAUGGGUUUUUCCCUGUCGUAUGGCAUAUUAUAAAGGACAUUCCGAAUCGGCUGUUCAAACAUAUAAUUCUUGAAAACAACGACAACAGAAUAGUUACUUUUAGUAGGGACACUCAGGAGAUUGGGCGGCCACAGGGUCUGCAAAUGUUGAGAAUUUUUAAGGCUCAUCGCCAGGAAACAUCAAUUCUGGAUGAUUUUGAUUUUUAUGAAGAGAAGGAUAAUGCCCGCCGUGCUCAAAAGCGAGGAAAUUCAGAGUCGACACAUCAAGCUAGAUUCUCUGAUGACUCCAAAUCAAUGGAAAAUUUGGAGGGAAGCAUGGAGAGUUGGAGUUUGUACGAGAAUUGGGAUUAAUACGGAUUGCUGCGCCAUUGAAAUAAAUAAAUAGCAUGACGAGUCAGUGAAGUAGUCGAAGGCACUGACGUUCCUUUGCAGAACAAUUCCAUCCGACAAUUGUCUAGAUGGGUCAAAAUGAAACCUCUUGUAUACAGUGUUUGUGUAGAAGCAUAGAUGUUGUGUCAGUAAACACACGACGAGCCGAGAUUUUAGCUCUGGAUAUUUCCUUAAACCUGGUUACUUGGAUA